CCAUUUCUCCCCGGGCUGAGGCGCCGCCGCUGUCGCCAGCCCCGCUCCAGAUCCCCAUCCCCAUGGAGGCAGAGCUCCUGGGCCAGAAACCCUCUGCGAGGAGACGGGGCAGGGUCAGCAUCUCGCCCCCGGCGGGCGGAACCCCCGGCGUGGCCGCCUCCUGCAGCCGGUACCCUCUGAGACGAGGCAGCUCCUUCACAUUCCUGACUCCAGGCCCACACUGGGAUUUCACCCUGAAGAGGAAGCGCCGAGAGAAGGACGACGACGCUGUCAGCUUGAGCAGCCUCGACUUUAAGGCCAUAAAACCACAAUUUUUAUUAACAUUUUUCAAGGGUCGGGGCCUCUGA